AUGUCAGAGAUCACGACGCUUUCGCCUUCCGGCCUCGACGCCAACUACGAGACCAUGCUUUCCAAGCUACGAGAUCCUUCGCUACGGCCGUCUGAGGUUCGAACACUUGUCAGCGACCUCACUGCCAUCCUCGCCCAGAGGGCCAUAGAACCAGUUGGCCCCUCCGAACAAGUGGCUGUCGUUGUCAUCUUACGCUCGGGCAUGGCAAUGCAAGACAGGUUUCUGUCCUAUUUCCCGGCGGACAGUAACGUCGUCAUCUACCACCUGGGCUUGUUUCGGGACAAGAGGACCCUGCAGGCGGUGGAAUACUAUAACAAGCUUCCUCCUCGAUCGCCCGACAUCGUCCACGGCUACAUCCUCGAUCCACUGAUGGCGACUGGAGGCACUGCGGAAGCCGCGAUCAACAUCCUAAGGGACUGGGGUUUGACGAAGAUCACCAUGGUUUCGGUUCUGGCGAGCGAAAAGGGCUUGAGCCGGGUACGGUCAAUCUGGCCCGAGGGUGUGAAGGUCGUGGUGGGAGCGACCGAUGGCGAACUCGACCAUCAUGGAUACGUCAAACCGGGAGUCGGUGACAUUGGAGAUCGCCUCUAUGGCACCCAGUUGUUGUAA